CGCGCGCGCACGCAUCCCGCAUCGUCGCACACACUUCUCUCAAAAUGGCUCCCGGUCGCUCUCUCUACGCCAAGCUCAUGGUCCCGUACUUUGGCCUGUACGCCGUGACGAUGAUGUACAACCCGACGAAGUUCUGGGGCCCGAAAGGCCUCGGGAUGAUCCCGUACUUCACGCAAGACCUCGGCGACAGCACCACGCUCGCGGGCUUCUUCGCGCGAAUGGUCGGACUCGGAUUCCUCAUGAUCGCGCUCGCGCCCAAGCUCGGGGCGAACGAAUCCUCCUUCGUGAAGCAGACGAUGGUGUUCCACGUCGGCGCUCUCCCGUGGUUCUACAAGCUCUCGACGUACGUCGCGGUCGGCAAGAAAGCCGUCCAGCUGUGGACGCCGUGGGCGUGGCAGCUGCAGUGCGUCGUGAACGUUCUCUUCGCGGUGUGGGGAUAUCUCACGCUCUCCGCGGGCAAGAAGAAGAAGAACUAAAUCGCGUUCGUUGGAAUAAUUUAUGAUUUCGACGCGCUCGCGUCGCGGGCGGACGCGACCGACGCGCACGAGGCGCGCGAGGGAGGAACCUUGACGUGAACGCGAACGACGAAUGUGUUAUGUUUUCGAGAGAGAGAGUCAUUUUGUAAUAGUAAGAGCGAAGUCAUGUAU